ACCGUAUUGAUGACUCCCAAAGCCUCCAGUGGACGAGACGUCGAGACGCCUUCGCAAGGUUAACAAUGGGAUUUUCCUCGUUUUGCUCGGUUCCGCUUCCAUGCUGCGCUUCUGUAUCCCCCUCUCCCAGGUGCAUUGAGAAUGGAAAUGUCAAAUAUAUUGCACCGAAGAGCUCAGAUAACAGGCUUCCUACAGCAUCAAUCAAAAAUUUUUCAAGAAGGCUAAUUCUACAGUUUGUGGGGCUUAAUCACAUAUUUCAUACUUGUCCAAUUUUGGCUGCUCCAGUAAUGCCAGAGAUGAAAGAACCUGAAGUCUUGCGGACUUUUAAGCUUGACAGUGGAGUGAGGAUUCAAGAUAUUGUUGAAGGGGAAGGACCAGAAGCACAUAGUGGAGAUUUGGUUGAAUUCAACUAUGUAUGCAGGCGUGCAAAUGGAUAUUUUGUUUACAGCACUGUGAAUCAAUUCAGUGGAGAAAGUAAACCCGUCAUACUUCCUUUGGAUGAGAAUCAGAUGAUAGAAGGCUUGAAGGAGGUCCUGACUGGCAUGAGAGUUGGUGGAAAGAGAAGAGCACUGGUGCCACCUUCUGUAGGAUACGUGAAUGAGAACUUGAAGCCAGUACCAGAAGAGUUUGGUCCUCGACGCAGCCUCUUUUCUCAUGCAAAGGAGCCUUUGGUCUUCGAAGUUCAACUUUUGAAAAUUUUGAGUAUCCCUUCAUUUGUAUUUUGAGAGUUUUAUGCGCUUAUCUUUUGACUUCUCGUAUAUAAGACUACUAAUCCACAAUUUUAACAUCUUUUUGUAUUAGUUUUUUUUUUAAUAAUCAAAAUUUUUUUGGCCCAUUUUUUAAAUGAAA